AGUUUAUCAGUCAACGCGUCGUCAGUUUGUUUGCCGCAGAAUCAGUCGAUUGUGAAACGCCGGUAAAGUCGAGUGUCAUACCAGUUUGUUUUAUUUUAGUUUUUUUUGCAAAAUGUCGGGAGCAAUUCUAGAGCCCGGUCAGAUCAUCAGGGCGAACAUUGACCAUGAGAGCGUGAAGCUACUGGCCGAGAGACUGUACGGCAUCUCCGUGCUGGAGCUGACGGAGCUGAACGGCUACGAUGACAGGAACUUUAAGCUGAUAGAAGACCCAAACAUGAAGAACCCCCUCAUCACUAACCACAGCGAGCAUGGCUACGUCCUGAAGAUCCUCAACUCCAUUGACUCCCAGAAUCCCGGUUUUGUGGAGGCGCAGAAUGAAGUGAUGAAUUUCUUAGGAGCCAGGGGUGUAAUCUGCCCCAAGCCUAUUAGGAACAUCUACGGCCACCUCCACUCCCUGGAGACCAUCAACGGCAAGCAGCACGUGGUGCGACUGCUGGAGUAUGUGCCAGGAGAACUGCUGAAGGACGUCCCUAAGGCUGACGCCCUGUUCUACCAGCUCGGCGAGUUUGUUGCCAACAUCGACAAUAAGCUGCAGCAUUUCAACCACUCUGGUCUGAUGAGUCGCGAACAUAUCUGGAUGUUGAACAAAGUGCCAGAGCUGGACAAAUUCAAGUUUGCUAUCAAAGAUGCUGAAAAAUUGGACUUGGUUGAGGAGGUUAUUGAAGAAUUCAAGUAUGCUAUUUUACCACGUAUUGAUGAAUUAGAAAAGGGUGUCUUGCAUGGUGACAUCAAUGAAAUGAACAUCGUUGUCGUACCAAAGGAAGGCAGCAAGACCGACUUCCGCAUCGGCGGCGUGAUCGACUUCGGUGACAUGCAGUACUCGUGCUACGUUUUCGAGCUGGCCAUAACCAUGACGUACAUGAUGCUGCAGACCGGAGACCCUCGUACUGGGGGCAUCGUGCUCGCCGGGUACACCGUCAACCGCCGCCUACCUGACGACGAGUAUAUGCUGCUGAAGACAUUGAUAUCAGCACGGCUGGUGCAGAGUCUGACGAUUGGCGCCUACUCCAUCCAGAAUGACCCAAACAACGAGUACAUCCUUUCGACUGAGAAGGCUAAUGGUUGGGAACUGCUGAAGAAGAUCAGGAAAACUAAACUCGACCCAGAAGACGACCCUACUGAUUGGAAGAAGAUUGCAAAUGAAUUUUUGACCCGCAGCUAAAUUACCAAACGACAAAACGGAGUUCGCAUCUAUUUUGUAGAUAUUAUAAUUGAAUAUAGUUAAGUUACAAAUGAAAUAUUUAUAGCCAGUAGCAACUAAUGGAAUGUAAAUACAUAAAGUAAGAAGUUCUAAGAAAACCAGAUUUGAAAAAUAUUUUCAUAAAGCACAAA